AUGCAGUCCCUCGGUUUGGUUCUGCUUGCCCUGUGCAGCAUAUCAUUUGCUGCAGAGUGCUUCAGCCACCAGAAGCGAAUUCUGAAUAUUCCUACUGCAGAUCAAAUUCGUGCGGCAACAACGUCUCCAAGUGUUCUAGAGACUAUCUGUAGACGCACUUGGCAGGUGGAUGAUGAGCAGCAGGUGCAAAACACAUUUAACCAUGGACACUUGCGUUUGAGUGUGCAGAGAGCCGACAACUCAGUCCCCCUCAGGGAUUGCAUGGACGCUUUCAAGGACAUCAUCGCUCAAUGCAUCGAGGGUUCAGGGCUCUGGGGAGGCUUCUGGGACCUUGAUGGAGAACUAUACAACAUCAGCAACUCGAACUACCCCCACAACCCGCUUCUCCCUGGGGAAGAUGGCGGUCCAAGCAGGUUCGGGCCAGGCCUUAACCGUUGCGACUAUCCCAAGCACCACCCAGCUGCGUUUAUUGAUAGCGGCCCAGCCCAAUAUCUAGAAGACUUUCUAGCUAUCCAAGGGGAUGACGAUUGGUUCUUCGCAAUGGAACGUGAUACUACCAAUGGCCAAGGCACGGUCGAGCUACCCAGCUGCGGAGUCAUCGAAACCUCAAACUGCUCCCCGUCCAAGGGCUGUCGCGAGUACACGUCUACCGAGUUCUACUACAUCAGGCUUGUCUCGGGCUUAAUCAACCAGUUCUUCACCCGGGCCCAUGAAAAGCUCCAGGACGAGACUAUCCUGAAUAUCCUCGCCAUUGACGAGAUCAUUGCCGACUUCAAACCAGACCCCGCUCACACCGUCGACCCCAAUAUCUUCAACACGAUGGCCGGUGCUCUGGCCAUGGCUGGGGCUGUCGCAGGGGCGGCACCUGGCCCUGCUGGGGUCAUUCUUAACUUGUUCGGUGGCGUCAUGACAAUUGUCGGAGCCAAUGUCCCCGCUCCCGAGGUGCUUGACAUUGAGGCGGUCCGCAGCCAAGCUUCGGUCCACCUCAAAACCAUCUUUGACGAGACGAGAAAUUCCAUGGGAAAUCUCCUCGCCCGAUUAUUUGGCAAUCGCGACGUCGAGUACUCACUAUCGGACCUCGUUGACGGCAUGAAGAGCAGAGGGUUCCAGCCCGUGGCUGACGACUGGGAUCUCACCGCCGUCAUCUUAUCAAUGCCCUGGAUGGGCGAGUCCGAAUCUGUAGACCUUAUGGGCAGCUUGACCGAAGGCGUGCGUUUCAUGAACCAGGGACUCGUCGGAGUGACUCUCAAGGCUAUGGGCUACUUGGUCAUGAUGAUCAAGAACUUCAGCGAAUCUGAAUGCAGCGAGAUAGAAGGAUCCCAGUUCAUCGACAAUGACUGCUACGCGGUGUCUACGGAGUCUCGGGGCCUGAGUUACAAGUUCAUGGGCGCGGAAGACAUCAAGCUACUACCCGAGAAGUACGGCAUCGACAUGGUUGAGUUCUUCAAGAACAUCCGUGAGUGCAGUACGCUUGGGGAUGACCUUGGUGUUGGCAGUCUUACUAUAAAUCCUACGUGCUUCUUUAAUCUAGACUUGGCCUUGCAUAUUAGUUGA